CAGAACCAGCCCCAACCUGAUUUAGUUAAGUUGUCACUUAAUUCGUUUAUUUGUAGUUAUCUUUUAUAAUAAAUACCAUCAUACAUGUAAAAAAGCGUGGCUGUAGGAACCAAAUGUUGUGUGUUGUUGCUAACGGGUACAUGUUACCGACGCACUCGUAUUCACGUACAGAAAUUAGCACUAGCAUUAGCUGAUCAUAGAGCGAACCAAUAAUAGUCCAACACUAUUUGUAUUGUAACCCUUACAUGAAAGCCCGUUCAUGUUAUUUGAAAGUGGUUAUUAAAACAUUACCUAUUGACGAGCCUCGCUUGUUGUAUUCUCGGUUUAUCAUCGUCUUUUGUUGAGCUAACUUGACAUUUCGUGCAAAACCGUGCGGUUGGUUCAAGUAAGCUAACGUUAUUAACGCGGCGUAACGUUAUCGAAAAUCCUUCUUUUUUUUUUUACAUUGCAUAUGUUGACGGUAUGCACUGGUAAUUUUUAAAAAGUGUGCAUAUGCAAAGGACACUUUAAACAAAGAAACAAAACGUUAGCUCCAGUGCCAUCAACUGGAUCAUCUUCGGCCCACGGGAUGGCUGCUGCAGCCAGACCAAGUGCCGCCCAGAAGGAGCUCAUGGAUUUGUACGGGGAUUUGAAUGAAAACGACGAUGACUUUGACACAAUUGCUGAAGCAAAUGAACUUUAUGAUGCUGUUUUGACCGGCUCAGUCGAUCGGGACAAGAAAGGCGGUACAAAUGCAGCGAGUCCUAACAAGACCCCUACUCAAGAGGAGGCUUACUCAACAACAGAGAAAUGCCCAGACAAAGGAAACCCACAGAGGAGACUGGCUAUAUAUAUUGGAAAUUUCCCCUGGUGGACAACUGACAAGGACAUUGUGAGCCUGGCUCAAACGUUGGGUGUGCAGGACAUCAGAGAGAUCAAAUUUGCUGAGAAUAAAAUUAAUGGCCAGUCGAGAGGGUUCGCCGAAGUAGAGGUCACCUCAAACGAGUCAUUGAAAAUAUUGUUUAAAAAAAUACCCAAAUGUGAGCUCAAUGGGGAGAGGAUAGACUGCCGCCUUGCCACCAGCCAGAACCUUGGUGUGUUUGAAGACAUGGCAAAUAGACGUAUACCCAUGCGCGUUAGUUACUUAGAUCCUAAGGACUCAGAUUAUUCGAACAAGAUUCCCUCAUUACUACCACAGGAGCCCAAUCCUUCCCCUUUACCUCCACACUACCCAUCACAUCCAAUUGCAAACAGGUUUCCAUCCUUACCCAACCCUUACCAUGGUCAUCCUCCACCUCCCUUCCCACACAUGCCUCCGCACAUGCCCCCACACAUGCCUCCACGCAUGCCCCCACACAUGCCUCCCCACAUGCCUCCACGCAUGCCUCCACACAUGCCUCCGCCCAUGCUUCCACCCAUGCCUCCACCCGCCAUGCCGCCCCCUUAUUUCCCUCCUCAUCCAGUCCAUAUUCCCAGCCAACCUCCCAGUCUACAUGUCAAUCCAGCCUUCUUCACGCCAGCACCAGACGGGCCCAGCAGCAACGCUUACAGCCAACAACAACGCACAUCUCAAAGUCAAGAUGCAGAUUUUGAGCAGCUGAUGAACAGAAAUAGAGCUAUUGCCAGCAGUGCCAUCAGCAAGGCUGUGUCUGGAGCAACAUCCGGAGACUUGCGGGUGGCCAUGGAGACUCUAUUAACGGCCAUUGCCAUCAUUAAGCAGUCCAGAGUGUAUACAGAUGAACGCUGCCAGGCCCUGGUCACCUCGCUCAAAGACUGUCUAGUCUCUAUCCAGGGAAACAGCAGCUACAGCAGGAAAAGCAGUCGUUCUGGGGAAGAAGAAAGAGACCGGGACAGGGGUCGUGACAGAGAGCGCGAGCGGGAUCGAGAGCGCGACAGAGAAGACUCUUCUGAUUGGGACGUUGCAGGAAUGUCCCGAAGACACCGGCAACAUUCCCGAAGCGAAGAGAAAGACAAAGAACGCUCCCGGGAACGGGAAAGGCACAGAGAUCAGCGAGAUCAGAGAGAGCACAGAGACCAGCGAGAUCAGCGAGAUCAGCGAGACCAGAGGGAUCAGAGAGACCAGAGGGAUCAGAGAGACCAGCGAGAGCAGAGGGAUCAGAGGGAUCAGAGAGACCAGCGAGAGCAGAGGGAUCAGAGAGGCCGUUACCGUUAAAAUGAUGGAAUGUUGAAGGGUGGUGAAGAGCAGUCAGGACUAUUUGUUUAGUCCAAGUGCUUCAAAUCUGGAGAUAUCCAAGGUGAGACUGAAGAAGAAGAAGAAUUCUAAAGUGUACAUUUUGGUUCUCCAGUCAUCUGUAAAUACUGCAACUUUAACUUGUUUUAAGAAAAAAUUUGAUUUUAGAUUGUUGCUGGGACAAUUUCUUGAUUGCAUGCGCAGGAACACUCAAUAACUUAUGAACACAAUGUAAUGUUUUCAUCACUUUCUUUUGUAUUCAAUUUAAGAUUAAAAACAUUCCCUGAAAAUGUGAUUCUGCUAUUUUCAUUCUACUCAAAUAUUUGGUUUGCAUUAAAUACCGCCCUUACUGAGCAUACAUUUUAUUUAUAUAAAUAUUUACAGCCAAUCGUCUUACCACAGCAAGCGGGACACAUGUACCCUUCAACAAGAACACCCGUUUGCCACCCUGGCUCAGUAUUGGUGAAACAAUUUUCCAUUGAUAUCAGGAAAGUGCGAAGUCUACACAUCUUCCGCCUGUUUCUCCUGCACCUUGGCCAAAAAAAUAAAUCUCUGUACUUUACAUACCACUUUUUUUGGCGUCAGUUUUGGUUUAUUUGAAGCCAAAGCAGUAGCACUUACAAUGGCUUGGCUUGUUAGCUAAUGAACUUGCAGGAUUCUUGCUUUUUUUAAGGUUGUUCUGCCAUUGUUGAUUGCACUUCAUUCAAAGCAACUUGUAAAUUGUCAUCUUUACCUCAACUUUCUGAAGUCUUGAUCAGGCCUAUUUUAUACAAAAAUAAAAUUACUAGCAGCCAUUUUAUACAAUAUAACACUAUGCUUAUAGUUGCAUAGUGCACUGAUACAAACAUGAGAAGAAGUGUGAGAAACCAUCUUUCCUCUAUAGUCUCAGUCAAAAGAGUACGGUAACUACAUGAGCCAGUAAUACAGGUAACAGUGUCAUUUAACAGCUUUAUUUAGAAAAAUGCAUUUAAACCAAAAAAAAGAAUGUUCCAUUAGUCUUCACUGUAGUCUGUGGUCACUUCAAUAUACUAACAAAGCUGUUGCUUGGACAUUCAAUCAAUCCAUGCAACAACCCUACAAAGUCCAUGCUGUUCUUGAAGGUGGCCAGAUAUGAUCACUUCUCCAGAGGGGCAUAAUUCAACAACUUCUCAAUAAGAUCCACA